AUGGAAUAUAUAAACACCCAGAGGCAGAUUGAAGGCUGGUUUUGGGAGCAUUCCCUCAAGAAAGGUGCUACCUUCAAAGCCUUGCAAGAUAGCAUUGAAGACUGGAUGAAAAGUGCUAUCCCCUCGUUUGGGAGAAAUCGAGAUUUGUAUCUCACCCUGGACUUUUUUGAAACAAUCUUGUCUCAUGGGAAGAAGACUUGCAAGGAGGGAGAAGUUCCAAACAGAGAACUCUCUCAGUUACUUUUGAGUGUAGUAGAGAGCCUGUUUUCUUACUAUCGUCCCUCUCAGUUGGGACUUGAUGAGGCAACUGUGCUACGACUAUGGACCCUCAUCAAAGUUCUGUUGCCUUGUACUCGAGAAGAGUACAUAGAUCAGCACUACAAUCUCCAUAAGAUAUUCGGAUCUCAUUUCAAGCAGAAAUUGCAAAGGAAUGGCCAUUGUGUUGAAAAUAUGAGUGACUUCAUCACCAGGGUGUGGGAAGGUGUGCAGAGUGUCCUGAGAUCCACAGUUAAUGGGAUGAGGAUGUGCCUGCCACCAUCAGCACUGGAAUUGCUGGAGGAGAACAGGGUGCUCUCACUAUCCCAAGACAAGACUAUGCAGUUCUUAUCAGAGUCCCUGACUCGAGAGCACCUGACCCAGAUGGAGCAGAUGCAUACCCUCCUCAAUGAUAUUCGGAAAAUGCCAAUGGCUGAGGAGGAGUUGAUACCAGGCCUUCAUGAGGGUCAUAGCCAAGAUUCAUUAUUGAGGAAGGUAGAAGCAUUGAACUUGGACCUUGAAGCAGUGGACCAACAGCUGGAGGGGAGUUACCAAGGCCUCCCAGAGGGAGAAAGGAAACCUCUGGCCAAGCAUGUUGCCAAACUCUUUGAGAUCAAGAACCUCCUUGAAAAGCUUAUCAAAUGUCACAUGCCUACCCUCCCCCAGAUACAGGAGUCCCAAAAAAUGGAGGUAUCAAGGAAGGGGCAUGUGCAAGACUCAGAGCUACAGUUGAAGGAGGAAAGGCUUCCUGUCAUCAGGCAGGAUCCAUCCCCUUCUUUCUCAGAUGCCAGCCUUUCUUGCCCCCCUGCUGAACCUGAAAGAGAAUCUUCAAAACAUAACCCAUGCAGUCCAUUUGAUUCAGUCAAAGCUCCAAAGCUCCAAAGAAGGGACUUCCAAGAUGUUGUCAUUUGCCUGUAUGAGUCAGAGGUAGAAGUUGGAGGGAAAAGAUUUCAGGUCUUCCAGUAGAAACUUUUGUUUCCCUGUUCAGAUACUCAGGAAAUCUGGAAUUUUGCAUCUGGAUGAAUAUUUCUGUGAUUCAUGUAUAUGAUAUG